UCAUUCUUAAAAUUAGAGGUUAAAGAUAAAACAUGAUUAGAAGAUUGCUGCUUAAAUGCUUAAUAUUUGACUCAACUUCAAUAAGAAAACAACUUAUAUGGGAACCUUAUAACGGGAAAUAUUCUGGGAAUGUUGAUUUUUGUGAUGAAGAAAGUCCCAAUUUAGCAAGCGAGGUGUUAGUUUUCAUGGUUGUUCUUUUAACCAAGCGUUUUAAAUGUCCGAUAGCUUUUUUUAUAUAAAUAAAAUUAAUAGUAGUCUUUUAAGUAUGCUUUUAUCUUCUGCUAUAAAACAAUUUCAUGAAAUAGGAAUACGAAUAUGGAGUGUGAGUAGUGUGACAUGCGAUGGAGCUUCUGCUAAUGUACAGUGCUUUAAGAAGUUAGGAUGUGAUUUUGAUGUAAAUAAUAUUGAUAAUUUUCGUUGCAAAUUUAUAGUAGAAAAGAAUUUAGAAGUUAAUGUUAUGUUUGAUGCUUGUCACAUGCUAAAAUUAGCUAGAAAUACUUUGACUGAGUUUCCACCUAAAUGCCGGUUGAUGGCGCCAGUCAGUACUUCCCAGCUGAUUUGGAGACUCAGUUUGACUUUGACCAUAGAUAAUAAAGAAAUGGAUGGGCCAUGCUAUUGUACUCAUCUGUGACGGAAGAGAACUUAUGUUACCAAUAUGAAAAAAAUGUUAGUGAAUAUAGGUUUUAUCAGCUUAUUACCAUAAAUAAUAUAUAUAAUAAUACCUAACCCGGUAACCACUGUCUAACCACUGUGGUAACAUAAGUUCUCUUCGAUCACAGAUCGCUCCGUGUAUAAGGUAUAGGCCCAUCCAUUUCUUUAUUAUUUAUGAGUUUGACACACGGACUAAGAUAUAACCUAACCUAACCUAACCUAUAUCUUAGUCUGUGGUUUGAUAUAAUAAAAAAAUAUCAUAGGUUAGGUUAGGAUAUAAAACUAUAUCAUAUUAGGCCGAUGUUUAACGUCCUGUAAUCUGUAUAUCUUUAAUCGUGGUGUUAUCUUAUCUUCUCUACAUCGUGUAUUCCAUGAUGAAAUAAGUUUUAAGUUAUAUUUUAUUGUUAUGUUUUGAUGCUGAUCGUUAAAGACACUCCCAUUUUUAUGUAUAAUGAAAUACUGAAGUGAGACAAUUAAUUAAUAAGUAAGAUAUAUAUUACAAUUUAUAAUUUGCGUGUUAAUUAUUAGUCCUCGGUACACCACAUUGGCGACGAAGAUAAUUCGGUAAUUCAAUAAACCAACCUAAUCAAGUCGGCAUAAAUAAAUCACAAAAACAAAAAUCAUCCAAAAACAGCCAUCUAAAAACAAACUAUUAAAUCAUCUAAUAUCACCAAACAACAAUCUACUUUAACAAAUAUAUCAUCAAAAAUGCAACAUUCUACAAUUAAUCAAGCUGAUCCAAAACGUCAUGUAUCUAAUAACCAACAUAAUAAUACUCCUCUUAAAGAUACUAAACUUACAGCAAUGCAAAUAAUUGAUAGAGUCUUAACAUAUCAACCUAUCAUAGAAUUCGAGGAACCUGAUUGGUCCCUUAUAACUACCUCUAAGAAAAGUCCAGCUAGUCCAAAUAAUUUUAAUUCAAUAAACCAACCUAAUCAAGUCGGCAUAAAUAAAUCACAGAAACAAACAAUCAUCCAAAAACGGCAAAAACAGCUAUCUAAACGAACUAUUAAAUCAUCUAAUAUCACCAAACAACAAUCUACUUCAACAAAUAUAUCUUUAAAAAGGCAACAUUCUACAAUUAAUCAAGCUGAUCCAAAACGUCAUGUAUCUAAUAACCAACAUAAUAAUACUCCUCUUAAAGAUACUAAACUUACAGCAAUGCAAAUAAUUGAUAGAGUCUUAACAUAUCAACCUAUCAUAGAAUUCGAGGAACUUGAUUGGUCCCUUAUAACUACCUCUAAGAAAAGUCCAGCUAGUCCAAAUAAUUUUAAUUCAAUAAACCAACCUAAUCAAGUCGGCAUAAAUAAAUCACAGAAACAAACAAUCAUCCAAAAACGGCAAAAACAGCUAUCUAAACGAACUAUUAAAUCAUCUAAUAUCACCAAACAACAAUCUAUUUCAACAAAUAUAUCUUUAAAAAGGCAACAUUCUACAAUUAAUCAAGCUGAUCCAAAACGUCAUGUAUCUAAUAACCAACAUAAUAAUACUCCUCUUAAAGAUACUAAACCUACAGCAAUGCAAAUAAUUGAUAGAGUCUUAACAUAUAAACCUAUCAUAGAAUUCGAGGAACCUGAUUGGUCCCUUAUAACUACCUCUAAGAAAAGUCCAGCUAGUCCAAAGAAUUUGUAAGUUUCAAUAUUUAUAAUCAAAAAUAGUAUUUAAGUAUUUUCAACGUUAGUUCUAAAUUAAACCACGGAUAAUAUUAUAAUAAUUUAAAUUAUAAUUUUCUAUGAACUGGAUAAGUAAUAUUCUAUGACUGCCGUCGCUUGAGCUGUGAGUAUGUAAAUAUAAAAAAUGGACUCAAAAGUUAAAAUUCUUUUUAUAUGUAGGUAGUAGGUUAACACAGUUAACACAAUUAACCUACAUUUUUAUUGUUCUUCAUCUAAAAUUCUAAAAAGUUUUAUUUGGAUUGUAGAAUCAUCGUUUUAUUAUUUACAUACAUUUAUUGUUUGUAAUCUUUCCACGUAGGUACUAAUUAAAAUUUAAAAUUUGGUAUAAAAUUUUUCUGUCUCGACUUCUAACAAAAGCCUUACUUAGACAAAUUAAAUUGUAUAAUUGUAUAAAUGUUACAUUUCAGAACAUUUUAGAAUAUGUGAUAUUGUAUUGUUAUAUACUAUUUUAAAAUGCUUAUGAGUACUAUGUGUAUAUUUAAGCAUUAUAAUUCUAAUUUUUCAUUUGAUAUUUUAUUAAAAUAAUGUGAUCGGAUAAUGGCUGUAUACAUUUUCUUCAUUCUUAUUCAAGUGCGUAAUACAGUCAGAGUUGGGCAUUUUUCAAUUAUAGUAAUUCAAUUAAGUAAUUUGUAAUUGGUAAUUAAUUAUAAAAAUAUUGAUGUAAUUUGUAAUUGGAAUAAAGAAUUUAAAUUUUUCUUCAAUGUACAUUGUAGGGGAGACUGGGUACAAUUGUAACAAUUUUCAUAAAAUUAUUUAUUUCAAACAGGUUUCAAACGUUUUUGGUUUGACAACACUUUUAAUGGGUUAAGUAACAUGUUGACUUUAUAAAUAUAUGAAUAAUUAGUUUUAUAAAUAUUUAGAUAAAAUACUUACUAUUUAUAGACAGAGUUCUUCAUCAACACUAAUGUGAAGAGAAGAUUCUCUUAUCACGUAACGUACAAAAAUAAAAAUAAUGAUAAAACUUAGUCCAAUGACUAAGUUAACAAAAUAAAAUGUUUGUUUUUUUUUUUACUUUUCGUUGUCAUAAUCACUUUUUGUUAUUUUGCUUGUAAAAUAAAUAUGAUAUCAGCAGUUUGAUUAGGAGAUAAUAAUCAUUACGCAGUGGGACAACGACUGUAUUUAAUGUUUUUUUUUUUUAUUUAAUUUUUUUUUAUAUAAUAAUUAUUAUAUAUUAUUAUAAUAUUAAUAACUAAUACAAUUGUAAUAUCAUUUUGAAAUGUAAUUGGUGAUUGUAAGUAAUUUAGUUAUGUAAUUUGUAAUUAAAAUAUGUUCUACAAUA